GUCUGCGAUCAGGAGGUGGCCAGGCAUGACUUAUUCACAUUCGAGAUAGACAAGAAGAUAACAAGUCAAGAACAAGCAAGUGUUGAUCUCAGCGAUAUGUCCGUCAGACCGAGCAAUUACGGUACCCGCAAGUACGGGCGGGCCGUAUGGUACAUGUCCAUGUCCAUGUCCCGAUGGAGAACGAAACAAAUGCCUCGUCUCCUCCAGUCCAGUCCAGUCCGGGCCACAGACAAAAACAAAUAGCCAUCACAGUUGAUAGUGGAGGAGCCUAUUCCCUGUUCCUCGUCCGCAACUAUGGAAUGAUUGGGCAACAGUCCGAUCAACAGACUGGGCUAUUCUUGACAAUUCUCCUACCCACCCACCUACUGUAUGUAAACACUCCAUUUCCAUGCAUACACCAGCCACUUCGCUGCAUUGAUGGAUUGACAUUUAAACCUCCUCCUCCUCCUUCCUCGACACCACCACCACCACAGAACCCCUCAAACGCUCUAAGUAAUAUGACCCAUCCCCAAAACACACCAUCAUCGCAUGGCAUCGCCUCCUCCCUCCAUUCCCAACCAACAACAUCAGAAACACACUCCACAGCAAUCCAACCCACAAAACAAACCAGCCAAGCCCAUCCCCACACUUCAGAGGCAAAUAACUUAGCGUAAGCAAGCAAACACACACACACACACACACACACACACACACACACACACACACUCCCGAAAACUCCGACUAAGCCGGGAAAUCGGAUCACUUGCACCAGACAGUAGCAGUAGCAACAAGGGAAAUAAGGAAAUUCAGCCGGCUUCAGGUUC